AGUACAUUUGUAGAUUCAUUUUUCUGUUGGAAUUAGGCGGAUUCAUUUGAGAAUUAAAAUUCAAAUAAUCCGCUCCUAUUUCUUUGGAAUUCAUCGAAAAAGCAAAACUGAUAAGCAACUUCGAAGUUGGGAGAGGCGGCAAUUUUUUACAGCCUGAAAGUUUCUGCAAAUGUUGGCUGAGACAAGAGAAGAAGAAGAAGAAGAAGACACCAAUCGCGGCAGCGGAGGGCGGUGAUCCAUUUCGGCUAGAAAUCUGAGAUUCGUAUGAACAUUUGAAAGAGAAUUAGAAAAUACUGUGAUCAUAGUUGUUUUCCUCUUUGAUUAUGAUGAAAAACUUGGAGAUCGUUUAUUGAUACUUAUCGCUUUCGAAUCCGAAUUUCUUCUCCACGGAUGAUGAACAGAUAAAUUUCCAGGAUCAAUGGGGAAUUCAGUUGGUUCGGUAUUCUCUGGAGUUGGACAAAUUGUUGGAAAUAUUUUCGGCCAUCCUCUUGAUUUCCUCUCUGGAAAAGCUUGCAACUCAGUAUGUGCACCAACAUGGGAUUUCAUCUGUUACAUCGAAAACUUCUGCGUGGCACAGUUGUUGAAGUUUGUGAUGGUGGCAAUCUUGGCCUACUUUGUGCUCUUGUUCUUUUAUUUAUUGUUCAGCUUGGGAAUCUGCCAAUGCAUUUGCCGCACGAUUUGUCGCGUUAUAUGGUGCUUUUUCUCUAGCUAUUUCUCGGCUGUACACUGCUGUUGCUCCUAUUUCUGCCUCAAGCUUCAAUCUUUGAAGCAGAAUCGUAGGCGGAGGCGGAGGCAGAGGCGAGACAUUGAAGCACCAAGCAGCAGUAGUAGUAGUAGUAGCAGCAGCAGCAGUAGUAGUAGUAGUGGUGGUGCGGAUGAAGGUGGAGAAAUGUCGACAUUUGGGCCGCGUAGGAACGUGGAGUGUAAAAGAUCGGAGUUGAGUAAGAGGAAGAGGUACAAAGAGGACCAUAUGAAGAGAUCUUUGAGGGCUAAUUCUCAUCGAGCUGGCGUUGAGGUUUCUGGGAAUUCUCGUCGUUUGAGUAGGAUGAAGAAUGUUGAUGAUCAUAUUCGAGUGACUAGGAAUUCGAAAUUCGCCCGCAAGGGGUCGAGGCAUGGGGCUAGGCCUCAUCGCGGGAGGCCUAGCCCUAUGUUGGAAAGUAGAGUGACUGAGUGAUGAGUUAUGUUUUAUGAUGUAAAUAAUUAUUCUAUGGAAGCAAUGUUGGUCAA